AUGUACGGAUAUCAAGGAACCGGUGGCCAACAGCCUCUCGGAGCCCAACCGACAGGUUUUGGAUUCGGCAACACACCCGUGCAGCAACAGCAGCAGCCAAUGCAGCCGAUGCAGCAGUCCCAGCCUACUGGCUACCAAGCUCCUGGAGGUUUCCAGAACUACCAGCCCACGGGAUUUGCUCAACAACAGCAACAGCAGCAGCCUCAGCAGACAGGAUUCCAGUCUAUGCAGCCGCCUAUGCAGCAGACAGGAUUCCAGUCCCAGCCCAAUGUGUCAAUGUACCAAGGAGGAGGAGGUCAGGGCUACCAGUCCGCUCCCAUGUUGCAUCAACAGACAAUGCAGACCGGCUACCAGCCCCAGCAGCAGCAGCCCGGAUUCACUGGAUUCCAGCCCCAGCAGCAGCAGCAGCAGCAGCAGACGGGAUUCACUGGCUUCCAGCAGCAACCCCAGCAGCAGCAGCCCGGAUUUACGGGAUUCCAGUCCCAGCCUACUGGCUACAAUGCCAAUGCUUCUGCUCCAGCUGCUACCCCCGCGGCUCCCCUACAGCAGCAAAAGACUGGUAACGCUAGAGAUCCCUUUGCCCCUACUCUGCCUGCUCGACCUCCGUUGACUUCCCAGCCCACUGGAGGAGGCAACAAGAGUGUGGUGGAUGGUGUCUACAUCCCCAACGUCCGACUCUCUUUCCUCACUGCCGAUGACCAGCGAAACUUUGAAAACCUCUUCCGACAGGCACUCCCUAAGGGUGAGCAAGCUCUUUCCGGAGACAAGGCUCGAGACAUCCUGUUCCGAUCAGGUCUCCCUCCUAUCACCUUGUCUGCCAUUUGGAAUUUGGCCGACACCACCCGUUCUGGCGCUCUGCUCUUCCCUGAGUUUGCGGUUGCCAUGUACCUGUGUGGCCAGGCUGUCAAAGGCCAGACCGUGCCGAACAACCUGUCUGAGAACAUCAAGAACGAGGUUUCUAGCAUGGUCGACAUCAUUUCGUUCAACAUUCCCGAUGCUGGAUCACGCCCUUCGUCCUCUGGCCAGUCUGUUCCCCAGUCUCAGCCUCAGCAGCAGCAGCAGCAGUCCAGUGCAUCUAUGCUUGCUGGACUGAAUCUUGGCCAGCCGACAGGUUACCAGCAGCAGCAGGCUACAGGAUACCAGCCCAUGCAGCAGCAGUCCACGGGCUACCCGAUGCAGGCCAUGCAGCCCCAGAUCACUGGAGGUAUGCCUCUGCAGCAGCAGAGAACUGGACCCAUGCAACCUUUGCAGCAGCAGUCCACUGGCUACGCACCCCUUCAGUCUCAGCUCACUGGCGGUGCUCCCCUUCAGUCUCAGCUCACUGGCGGUGCUCCCCUCCAGUCUCAGCUCACUGGCGGUGCUCCCCUCCAGUCUCAGCUCACUGGCGGAGCCCCUCUGCAGCAACAGUCUACUGGUUACGCUCCUCUUCAGCAGCAGUCUACUGGUUACGCACCCCUUCAGCAGCAGUCGACCGGAUACAUGCCUCAGCAGCAGACUGGUAUGCAGCCACAGUCUACGGGCUAUGGAUCCAUGCAGCCUCUCACUGCCAUGCCUACUGGUAAGCCUGGUCAGUGGGGCUUUAUCAACACCCCCUCGCAGGGUCUGCCCGGUAUCGAGACAAUGCAACAGCGCCUCAUGCCCCAGGCCACCGGUGCUCCCGUGCAACAACUGCCCCCUAUGCAGCUGCAGCAGUCUGCCACCGUCAACUGGGCCAUUGCCAAGGAGGAGAAGCAGAUCUACGACGGCAUCUUCAUGGCUUGGGACAAGAAGCGGGCUGGAGCCAUUGACGGUGACACCGCCAUCAAGAUCUUCACCCAGAGUGGACUCAACCGAGCCGACCUGGAGGCUAUCUGGACUCUGUCCGACCCCUCCAACAAGGGUCGCCUGGACCGAGAUGAGUUUGCUGUUGCCAUGCAUCUCAUCUACCGACAUCUCAACGGCUACCCUAUUCCUUCUCGUCUGCCUCCGGAACUGGUCCCUCCUUCUUCUAAGAACUUUUCCGACUCGGUGAACCAGGUCAAGAGCUACCUCAAGGCUGGUGGGGGCAGAACUGGUGGCUCCAAGCUCAAAUCGCGGUCUUUCACCGGUGACUCCACCAUUAAGAAGGACGCCACCGUGUUCAAGAAUGACGACUCCGACUUUGGCUACACUUCUCGAAACCGGCGAGGAGGCAGCAGUAGCACUGCUAGCAGCAAUGGCUCCAGUGGAAACGACAUCUCUCUGUCCGGCAAAGGCUCCUCUAUUUCCGAGCUCAAAAAACUCAUUCGAGAGAAGCAGAUUCUAUUGGACGCCAUUGACGCUGAGGACUCGGACAUGUCUCGUGACUCCAACCUGGAGCGACGUGACCAGGAGGCUGUUGCCGAUCUGAAGCGUCGAAUCCAGAACGUGCAGCGCGAUAUCGAUGUAGCUCCUCAUAGUGCCAUCUCCACCGAUGUCGGUGCUUCUGCAGAUGCCAAGCGAAACCUGAUGCGAAAGCUGGACCACCUUGGUGACAGACUUCCCCAGCUUGCCUCCAAUGUUCGAAGAAUCGAAGAUAAAAUUGCCAAUGCUAAGAUGGAGCUGUUCCGACUUAAGAACCCCACUUCGCUGGUUGGUACUGGUCCUGGAGGAGCAAUCACUGAGGCUGAUCGAAUCAAGGCUCGUUCCAAGGCGAAGCUGCAGGCUCGAAUGGCUGCCCUGACUGGAAAGGGGACUACUACCGGUGCCGACGCCUCUGAGGAGGAGGACUACGAGCAUCGUCUGCUGACCCACACUUCAGAGGUUGAGCGAUCCAAGGCCCAGAACUACGAGAUGAUCCACGACAUUGAGGAUUCCGUCAAGUCGCUGCAGCGAGACUUGUCCUCCAAGCUGAGAGAGACCCAGGAGGAAGUGAGUGAGGACCGACAACGACGACGAUGGGAGGAGGCUGUUGGUGUGGAGGAUGAUGUUCGACAGUUUAUCUACUCUCUACGAUCCACCCGAUCGUCGAGACCUGCCCCUGCUACUGCCUCCUCUUCUGCCCCUGCUACUGGCUCUCCUGCCACUGCAGCUCCCAUUUCGGCUACUUCUACUGGCGCCUCCACCCCCUCUGCUCCUGCUGCUGGUGUGGACCGAAAGGCCCAGCUCAAGGCUGAGGCUGAGCGAAAAAUGAAUGAGCGACUUGCCGCCCUCGGUAUUAAGCGAAAAGAGAAGGCGCAGGCCCACGGUUUUGCCCCCCCCGAUGCCAAGCCUGCCGAGGCUUCUCCUGCUGCCUCCCCUGCUGUUGCCUCCCCUGCUGUUGCCUCCCCUGCUGCCACACCAGCUGUUUCUUCCCCCGCCCCCGUUUCUCGUGGAGUACCUGCUCCGGCUGCUGCCACACCGGCCACGGAUCCUGCUACUACGCCUGCUGUACCAGUUUCUGCACCUGCCGACGACUCUGACUCAGACGAUGAAGAGUACGAAAAGCUCAUGGCUCAGAAGCGUGAGCAGGAAGAACGGUUUAAGAAACAGCAGGAGGCUGACAAGAAGAAGGAAGAAGAGAAGAAGCAGAAGAAGGCCGCCAAGGAGGAGCGAAUGCGAAAGCUUCGAGAGGAAAUGGAGGCCAACGAAGCCCGAGAAAAGGCCUGGAAGGAGUCCCAAUCCAAGGAGGCCGAGGCUGAUGAAGCUGAGGGAGAUGUUGGCGCCGCCGCCCUUGCUGCUUUCUCUAACAAGGCUACUGCUCCCUCUACUACUCCCACCGCUGUCGCCGCUACUCCUCCCGUUGCCACAUCUACCCCGUCACCGGCAGCUCCCACAGUCCCCGCUGCUGACGACAACAACCCCUUCCAUCGCCUGAACAACGGUGGUGAUGCUGCCGCUGCAGCCCCAGCAGCUGGAGGUGAGGACAAUAAUCCUUUCCUGCGACCCGGCACCAACCAGCCCAUCGCGGCACCUUCUCCUGCCUCCUUUUCUGAAGCUCCCAAGGAGGCCCCCAAGCCCGUGGACCCCGUCAAGAUCUCCAACCAGCGAGCCAACCAGCGAGCUGCCAAGAAUGACGACGAUGAUUGGGGAAUGAGCAGUGACGAGGACGACGACCAGGACUAUCACCGAGGUAACGCUGCCGAGCUGGCUUCCCAGCUAUUCCGAACCAUGGCUCCCCCCAUCCAGAGACAGCCCACUGGGGGUGCGCCCAUCACAGCCACUCCUACGGGUUCGGCCCCUGCUGCUCCACCCGCUGCACCUCCUGUUGCCCCUGCUGCUGUUGAGGUCGCAGUUGCUGCCUCGGAGGCUACCCCAGGACCCGAGUCUGCUCCCCCUGCACCUCCCAUGCCCGAGAUCAACAUCCCCCCUGCUACGGAGGCACCCUCUGCUCCUGCUGCCACGGAGGCACCCCCUGCUCCCCCCUCUGCGCCUACCACCAUCGAAACUACCCACUUGCCACCUCCCGUGGACACUCACAACGACAUGUCGUCGUCGGAGUUUGAUUUCGAGACACCCGAAGGUUCCCCCACACAGCAGACCUUUGCAGAGGCAGCACCUCCCGUCGCAGCCCCUCCUCCCCCUCCCCCCACCGCUGCCGCCGCAGCCCCUACGGGUAUCCCUCCUCCUCCUCCUUCCGCCCCCGGCUUUGGAGCUCCUGAGGCACCUUCCGGAAUCCCCCCUCCUCCUCCUCCUGCACCUGGAUUUGGGGCCCCUCCUCCUCCCCCUGGGCCAGCUCCUUCCUUCGAUGCCCCUGGAGGAGCCCCUCCUCCACCUCCUCCUGGACCUCCUCCGCCUAUGUUUGGAGCCCCUGCUCCUCCAUCCAUGACUGGUCCUUCGGCUGGCGAUCUCCCCGAGCGUCCCCCUGCUGCCACUGGCGGUAUUACUGCCCUGCUUGGUGAAAUCACCGGCGGAAAGACACUCCGACGAGUGGAUGACAAGGACAAGAAGAUUUCUUCAAACCCCAGCGCUGGUGCCGUUCUCAACUAA